AUGUGGUGGACGCUUGCACUUCUCUUCGCCGUGCCCCGUGUGGCGGAGGCAGGACUCAAGGCGGCCCCGAUCGGAGCGACGGUCAAGGAAUUCCUCGCCAGCGCGAGCUUUCAGCAGGCGGCCGCCUCUGGGAACUUCAAGAAUCUUGUGCGCGAAAGUCUGGAAAGCCUGGCGCCUCCACGCCUCACCCCUCGCGAACAGGCUGGGGUGCUGCAUCUGCUCGGCCAACACCAGCACCUGCGAUUUCGGGGGGCCGGCCAGCGCCGUCUCAGCGGCGCGAACGUGACCAACUUGACCAAGGAGAGCAUCACUUACCAGUUCCAUAGCUUCGAUAAGGACAAACACGAGGGCACUGGAUUCCUGGGCAGUGAUGGUGUGAACGCCAGCGUGUCGGAAGUUACCGUUGUUCAUGGACCCUCAGGUAUCUCGUUCACAAUCGGACCGCCGAUUGCCGGCCACUUCUUAAUCGGAGGAACGCUAGAGAUCCAACAGCGCGACAGCCACCACCUGUCGGGGAAGAUCCGGGCAGCCUUCGUGAACCUGCGUACGACGCUGACGGGUACCUGGGAGUCGGUAAACAUGGACUUGAACAGCGAGCUCCACAUCCACCUCGUCGAAGUCGGCUUGAAGGAGGACUGGACAUGGAAGCCAGAGAAGCCUGCCAACAGCAGCGCGGCCGUCAAUGUGACAACGAAGAACGGCAAUUGA